CCGCCAUGUGACAGUUGGCGGCCAAUCGCCGGCAGUCGUUGCUAGUGUGAUGUCGGGACCUCACGCACACCACUAAGAUUUAUCAUUAGAGUUUUUGACGUUCACUAACCGGAGUAGUGUUACUUCACUACGAUACGUUUGAUACCUGAAUAUUUUUUACUUAAUUAAUUAACCGUAGUUAUCAAAAUUAGUGCCGCGCGUUAACAAUACAGUGCUAGAUCGCGACAUAAUCUGUGACAAUUCUUGGAACUACACGUCGAGACAAGAGACCUUGAUAACUAGUUACUUGGACGAGCGAGAGCGAAGAAACAGUUCACAGUUAUUAUUAUAGGAUCAUUCAUGCUGGAGAAAGCGCCAUACGUAUAGGCGGUCCCCAGAAUGACGAACAACUGAAUAUUAGUGAUGUUUUUGAGGCGAUUACUUUGGCGGAUCCGUCGUUCGGCGCGGGCGCAGGCGCCGGCAUAGACGAGAGCAUGGCGCGCCGCGACCAGCCCUACGUAGAGAUCGUCGAGCAGCCGGCCAGCAAGGCGCUCAGAUUUCGCUACGAGUGCGAAGGCCGGUCAGCAGGUUCGAUCCCCGGCGUGAACAGCACGUCAGACAACAAGACUUACCCCACUAUUAGGAUAUGCGGCUUCACGGGACAGGUCGUCAUCGUCGUGUCCUGUGUCACCAAAGAUGAGCCUUACAGGGCACACCCCCACAACUUAGUGGGUCGUGAACGCUGCGAGCGAGGAGUCUGCACGAUCCCGACCCUCAUCACGAAAGAAACAUGCGAGUACCAGUUCAAGAACCUCGGCAUUCAGUGCGUGAAACGGCGCGACAUUGCCGAGGCACUCACAGUCAGGGAGAAGCUCAGAGUCGACCCCUUUAGAAAAAACUUCGAUCACAAGAAUCACCCACAAAGCAUCGACUUGAACGCAGUUCGACUAUGCUUCCAAGUGUUCUUACCGGACGACUCGGGGCGGCUGCGGCGGCCGCUAGCCCCGGUCGUCUCCGACGUCAUCUACGACAAGAAGGCCAUGAGCGACCUGCUCAUCAUGAGGUCCAGCCACUGUUCUGGUACCGCUAGGGGUGGCACGCAGGUUAUUCUGCUUUGUGAGAAGGUGACUCGAGAAGACAUAGAAGUAGUGUUCUACCAAGAAGAGAACGGCAUCGUGGUGUGGGAGGAGAUGGCCAUCCGCAUCCUCGUGCACAAGCAGGUCGCCAUCGCCUUCGAGACGCCCGCCUACAAGUACCCCAACACCACGGACCAUGUUCAUGUCCACUUCCAGCUGAAGCGUCUCUCCGACAACGCCCGCAGCAACUCCCUGCCGUUCGAGUACAUCCCCGAGUUCACAGAUGUGAGUAAUAAGAGGCGGAAGGUGGUAAGCGACAUGUUACGAAACUACGAAAUUGACAGAAUCUAUUCACCGGAGCAGAUCAAGUCGGAACCAAGAGACCGGACUCCGCCACACCAUAACAUUAGCAGUCCGCCACUCCACGGCUACGCGCCGCCCUACGAACAGAACUGGAACAUAGACAACCUGCAGGGCGGCAUGGCAGUCCCGGGCCCGAGCCACGUCAGCCCGGCGGCCGCCCACGGCAACCUGUUCGUGCAGGAGUCGGCCAUGUGGGCCAACCCGCAGUACGGCCAGCUGUCCCCUGGCCAUAUGCAGCCUGGCAUGCCCCAGAACUUACAAGUGUUACAGCCCAAUAUGCAGGCCAUGUCUCCCAGUAUGCAGCCUAUGUCGCCCAACAUGCAGCCCCUGUCACCCAACAUGGCUUACGGAGAACGCAUGUCGCCCAACGUGGCUGUCAUGUCACCCCACGGCCAGGUCAUGUCUCCCCACGGCCAGGCCCUGCCGCCCCACGCCCCCGGCAUGUCGCCCCACGGCCCCGCCAUGCAGGCCAUGUCUCCCCUCGGCCGCGUGUCGCCCAACGUGCCGCAGAACAUGGGCCACAUCUCGCCUAACCUGCAGCAGCAGCCUGCUUAUGUACAGCAACCUCCCCAGCACCAAGCGGCAGCUGGGUCGCUGAUGGAGACGGAGACACACAGCACCACCUCCCUCAGCAACCUGCUGCUGGACCGCGGCGAGCACUCGCUGCUGCUGAACUCGGGCGAGCUGGCCGGCCUCUCCGCGCUGCUCGGCGACCGCGCGCACGACUCGCAGCCCGCACUCGACUACUGAACACACAACAUACAAUAAAACCAAUAUUUCAAAAUAUGUGUAACAUGUUUCUUGACUCAUUUCAAAGAUUUCUAGCCGAUUUUGGAAACCCCAUCCAUUUUGUAUUUGAAUUUCGCAAUAUUUUUGUAACCUUGUCACCCCGAGUCCGCGGGUAAGAUAAGACUUAUUCGUAUCUCGUUUAUGGACUAUAUCAUCUUUCUAACUAAAUACUAAUGUUCUUAAAAUUAUCCUCAAUUUCCUAGGAAUCCGUGGAAUGUAUAACGUUAAGAAAUGCCGACUUAGAACAUUAAUUUAAUGUAAUAAAUAAGUUUGAAAGUAAGCUACAGUAGCACUCUAGUUUAUAAACGAAUUUAAUUCUCGGACUUUACGUAAUAAGCGACCGUGACGAUGCGGCGGACGCUGACUUCGGCUUGUAAGUAAUCUAAGACUUCUAAGUUUAUUAUUAACGUCAAAUAAUUAUAUUUGUACCGAUCUGGGAUUUUGUAAGAAGUACACAAUGUUAUGGAGUUUGAAACGCAGCUUUGUCAGAUGUUUUCACCAGUUUCUUUAUUAACAAACUAAGUAACCUAUUCUAACUAAUACAGCCGUUUUAGUGUGCUUUUUAUUUUAUUAACAUCACAUUUGUGUUAAAAAAUGUAUUCCGAGUUUGAACACACAUUUAACAUUAUUAUAUUUUAACACGAAAUGUCUUCCAGAUAUCUAUAUACUGUUGUAUUAAUUCAUAGUAGAUGAUCUCUGAAUACUGUAACAUCACAUUUCUUAUAUACUUGGUGCUUUUACUAACUUUUUAUUUUGUGUUUUUAAACAUUUAAAACCUGGAAAAUUAAACCAGAAAAUAAUAGAAAAGUAAUGAAUCAAAUUCUUAUUUAUUAUUGAAAGUUUAUUAGAGAAAAAAACUAUGUAAAUAUCGAGAUAUUUUUAACUUGGUAAUUAUUAUUUUCUGCUUUAAAUUUUUAAUCAUGAUAACAUUUAAGCGAGAAUGUAACUCGAUAGUUAAGUGAGAUGUUUAACUUCCAAUACCGUUUCUACUUGAUAGAAAUGACUAUCUGGGAAUUUGUUGUAGGAUAGCAUGCUGUUUUGUUCACAAAAUACGUACGAUGAAUUUUGUGUCACGAGUGUAGUUAAUACUUGGUCUUAUUAACUUUGAUAAAACGGGAAACUAAUAUACUUACCUACAUUUCAUAUACAUACACACCAGAAGUUUUAUAAUAUUCAUAAAUUGAUGGUUGCUUCAGCUAACUGCCGCGUGUAACUCAAGUGGCAAUAUAAGGACUUUAAUUCUUAUUGACGUGACAACUGUUCAGGCAGGACUGGAAAGGACACCAUGCUUGUAAUAAAAUAGCAUGUUGUAUGAAAUAUUAACUAUUUCCUGUCCUAGCCUGAGUGCUCUGAGAUUUCAUAAUUGAAUGAAAUUAAGUUACGAGAUAAUUUAUAUUUACUGAAAUGUGUCAUGUGAUAAUAAUGAGAAGUGGCAAAAUGACCACUUGACUAGAAUUACUUUUUAUAUUUCCCAAUACUACUCCCAAAAUGAGUGAUGAAGUUUAUAUUUUAUUACUUUCUAAAGAUAAUGAGAUUUUGUAAAUCUUGAGUUUAAUGAAAUUAGUUUGUUUAAAGAUUUAUUCUCAUUAAGUUGUAGUUUUAUUAUUAAAUGCUUUUUUGGUUAUGAUUUGUUACCAAAUAGUUUGUAAAUAAAUGUUUUCUAAAAGAAAAAAGAGAGGAAAUAGUAAUAAAUUAUGUUGUACACGGAAGAUUUUUAAAAUUACCGGCAACUUUUUAAAUUUAAAUGUAUUUUAAAGACUUAAUUACCAUUAAAUUAAAGCCAGAAUACUUAGCACUUUGAUAAUUUUCAUUCCAUUCUUAAAUGUUUUUAAAACAAUAGAUUUACGAGACUUUAUUUCCUUACAAAGAGAUGAACUAAAUUGUUUCAUACUUACGCUAGAACUUAUGACUACGAUAAUUAUAAACAAACAUCCUCGAUUUAGUUAUGUUAAGUAAGAGAUCAGACAUCACAACGUUGGUACAGUAAUGAUCGAAUGUCUAGGUAAUAUGAAAGCAUUCAAAAUGCCAGUUUUGUUAUAUUUUUGAGAAAAAAAUACAAUAAAAGUAUAAUAUUUGAAAAA